AUGGUUUUUUCAUCACUAACGGCGACGGUGCUGGUUUUCAUUUCUUUUAUUGCACUUGCUGCUUCAUACCCACUUCUUGACCACACUCCCAGCAAACGAGCCACAACACUUUCAGAUGUUACGUACAUUCUUCCCAUCUGGGAGGGUGCGUUGGCAAAUCAUACACGCACCGAUGAUCUCGCCGUUUUGGCCGACAUGAAAAAUCGCCUUGGAACAGGAAUUUAUACGCGACUUGGCUGGUCGUUCUCCUCAUGGUCUUUAAGUCGAGACAUCUUUGGUGCAGAUAAGGAUUAUAACUUUGACCCUACCAAUCUUAGAUACAUGCUUGAUUUGGCUGUUGAUGAGCAGCUGCCUAUUCUUGUGCAUAUGAAUAACGGACGAUGGGCGGAUUGUUGCACACCGAACUCUUCGGGAGGUUGGGGUGAUGCGUUACUGGACUUUAUUGCUGGACAGCCGAAUACUACUGUCUUGAAUAGUGCGGGUGUCAGCCAGUUUGGACAUGAUUUUGGGUCAAAUUACUUUACACUGUCGAGAUUGAAUGAUGUCUACAUCAAAUACAAGAAACGGAACGUUCAAGCUGCGGCCAAGGUCCUGGUCGAAUGGUCGAAAGAUAAUCCGGGAUUGUUUGUCGGUGUCAGUUUGGAUUCGGAGACUCUCAUGGUUAAUUCAGAGUCGGACUUCAAUCCACUGGCUAUCGAGGAGUGGAAGAUGUGGUUGAGAAAUACCGAGCUCUAUGGUCCUGGUGGGGCAUAUCAUGGAAAUGGGAGAGUUCCCGCCUUUGAUUCCAUCGGAGAUUUCAAUACCGCUAUGGGAACCAACUUUACCAGCUGGGAUACUAUGUCGCCGCCAAAGGGGGGAAUAUUACCCGGAAAUAUCUUCUAUGAGGAGUGGGAGCGUUGGAGAGUUUUGUUGAUCGUGCAUGCGACAAGUGAUGAAACAUUAUGGUUGGAGCAGGCCGGCUUAGAGAGAACCGUCGUAUAUGGCCAUCAGUAAGGUUCACUUUCCACUCUUUUGGAGACACUCGCUUAUUUGAGAAGAACUCCCAGGCAAGAUGAUUAUGGAUUUGCUGAUAGUGUUGAUACCUUCACCGCCGCCAACGGAGCUGGUGGCAUCACAAACUAUGGUUGGAAACCAGCAGAUCUCGGAAUGGUCGACAGCCCAGCCCGUGGACAAGGCAGAAAUAACUACGGGAAUUUUGAACUCAAUCCGCAGACUCCCGACGAAACAAUCAGCUACAAUUCCAUUCUCACUCUUUUCAAUGAUGGCAUGAAGAUCAUGUGUCCAAAUUCUUGGGAAAACUCAGAAGUCAAAGAUCAAUAUGCCAUUUUUGACUCCCCCAACUUCGGAGAUACAUUUGGAAAUGCGCUCGCCAAUUUCUUCAAAGACUUCGGAAACACAAAGAGAUACACCCAACCUCCUCCUUGGAACCCGGGCAAUAAAAUAGCUGAUUUAUACGACCUCUUUCCAAAUGCUAUUACAUCAGGACCAGACAAUCAACUCAAACCCACGCUUUCAGUAGGAAAUAUAGUAAGAAAAAGCGUAUAUUCUGCAGUCGGAGGAAGCAUUACCUUCUCCGUGACACUCCCCCCCAUCUCUGGAGAUGAACGUAUCAACUUCUGGGCUUCUCUGGGAAUCCAGGAUGGAGCAGGAUCCAACGGCGGCGAAGUAACUUUCCAAGCGACCAUCAAUGGAGAAUCCCUUUACGGCCCAGGAUUCCAUCUGCAUCCAAAUUACUGGUUCUGGAAACGUUGGGUCCCAAUGAUGGUUGAUGUAACAAAAUGGGCUGGCCAAAAUAUCUCCGUAACAUUGACAACAACAGGGAAUGAAAAUAACGGAUGGACCUCUUGGGGAGCACCUGCCUUCUAUGUCACAGCAACUGGAAAUGAUCUCGCGGCUGGGAAACCAGUGACUGCUAGUCCUACAGAUGGUGAUUCGGUAGCUUGGGAUCCCAGCUAUCUCCUUGAUGGGAACAUUGACGGUGGCUCUAAUGGUCGUUCAGGGUGGACUUCUGUUCUCCAUUCUUCAGCUGAUGCUACCGAGUGGGUUCAAAUUGAUCUCCAAGGUCUACAGACCGUCGGGAAAGUAGUUUUGUUCCCAAGAAGCGAUGUUUUUGAAGGCACUGGGUCGGGGAUACCGGUGGAUUUCAAAAUCCAAGGAUCAAGUGAUGGAACGACGUGGAAAGAUUUGGUGACUGAAGUUGGAUACCCUGGAACGAAGGCUGGUGAAGGGGAGGCUUUUGUAUUCCCGGCACAGGAGAUAGGUUAUGUGAAGGUUGUGGGAAGUAAACUCAGAGGGUCGCCGUCGGAGAAUGGCUAUAGAUUCCAGAUGGCGGACCUGCAGGUUUAUGGAUAA